CAACUAGUAUUAUACUCUACUGUGUCCGCGAGAGUCACUGGGAGAAAUCGUCAACAACAGCGCGUGGUAACAAAACACAAAUUUGGUUGCAUAUUAGAGGUAGUUAGGCCGGCAGCAACACUUUUUUUUGUUGUCAUCAUCGUAAAUUUCCCACCUCUUUCUUAUCCCAAUCAAAUCAACUACCUCUCAUCUCAUGACGGUGAAAACCCAUUCUUCCCGCAUCUGCUGGCCUUUCCGUAGCAGCAGGAGCAAUCAAUCCUUGUCUUUUCCCUCUCGAAUGAAUCAAAAAUGCAUUCAUCAUCUUCUUCUCCUUAUUCCCUCUAAUUCUGGCAAUAAAUCACCCAGCUUGCCGAAUAUGCAGCCGAGAUCUCUGCCGAGUAUGACUUUAUGUCAUCCAGGUUCGUUAUUCUAAUGGCGGAGCGACCUGCAAGUUCGCCUGGUCUUCCACCAGUCGAUACCGGCAUUCUAUCUUCCUUCCCUGUUUUCACAAGUUCUCCCGUCAAACAGCGGACCAAUGGGUUGUUCGCGGCAGAACAGCCGUCGGGGGAACAUUUCCGGCGCGAUAAUCCGGCCCAUAGAUCAGGCGGCGGUGAUUCGAGGCACGCGAUGAGAUACUUGUGGUUGGGUCUCGUGGUCGGGAUAGCAGCUCUGUUGGUGGUUGUCGCACUCGCUGUAGCUUGCAGGAAGAGGCUUUUCGGGGAUGGAAUUGUGAAGCGGAGAAAAGUUGGUUGUCUUAGGAAGCUUAAAAGCCGAGAAACUGAACCUGAGGAGGUUUCAGCUGGAGGAGCUGGACAAGGCUACAAACAACUUCAGUGAGGAGCGUUUGUUGGGUUCUGGAGCUUUCGGCAAUGUUUAUAAAGGGUUCUUCGAAGACGAAGGGAUUACUCUGGCUGUCAAGAAAGCUCAUCCAAAUUCUUUCCUGAGUGAUGAGGAGUUCCUGAACGUGAUUCUACUCUCCAAAGUCAGGCACAGGAACUUGGUUUCCUUGGUGGGAUUCUGUAAAGAAACAGGAGGAGCCACAAUACUGGUCUAUGAGUAUGCACCCAAUGGUUCUUUGCUGGAGUACAUGACAGGUAAAAGAGGAAGGCAGUACUUAACUUGGCAGCAAAGGGUGAAUAUAGCCAUUGGUGCAGCUAAAGGAAUAGCUCACUUGCACGACGGAAUCCAGCCAAGCAUAAUCCACCGUGAUAUCAAACCUAGCAACAUCCUGAUAGGGGAGGACUUUGAGAGCAAGGUUUCGGAUUUCGGGCUGGUAAAAUCAGGGCCGACAGGGGACCAGACCCACGUCAGCACCCAGAUCAAAGGCACUGCUGGAUACCUUGAUCCUGCAUAUUGUUCAAGUUGCCACUUGAGCCAUUUCAGUGAUGUGUAUAGUUUCGGGGUGAUCCUUCUGCAGCUUGUUAGCGCUCGGCCUGCAGUCGACGCAUCCAGAAGGAAUUCCAAUUACCAUGUCAUUGACUGGGCAAGACCAUACUUAGAGAAGGGAGAUGUUGAAGAUAUAUUGGAUGCUAACUUAUUGAUACAACCCUGCAACAUGGAGAUGAUGUUGAAGAUGGGGCAACUUGGCCUAAGAUGUGUAGUGAAGACCCCCAAAAAUCGGCCUACGAUGGCCGAGGUGUGUUACGAGUUGCAAGAGGGUUUGUUCCUAACUACCAGAGUGGCUCCUGGGGGAUCAUUGCGCUGCUCUACUCGGUCUAUCGAGAAACUCGGAGAAUCGUCACAAAGCAUUGUUACUAAUGGAGAUCAUGGAGUUAGUCUUGAGAAAUUUAAGGUGGAUGAUAUGGAAAGUGAUUCUUUUGAAGCCACAAGCUUUAGGUUCUUUGAGGCUACUAGUGUGGACAUUGAUCUUAUUAAGGAUAAUUUGUAUGGAAUUGUUGAGCACCCUAAGUAAGAUAAUGAUUUCGGAUCCAAUUGUAUUUAUAUAUUCUAUAUGAAUGUUGCUCCUGAUUGUGGUUAAAAGAAUGGAUAGAUGCUAUGUGUUUUAUAAUAAUAGCAUCUAAUCAUAUGCGC